AUGGAUACAGAAACAUCAGCUAAACAGGAAAAAGAACGGUUAAAUGCUAUUCCAAAAGGUAAACCAAAAGGUGGUCGAACAUGGAAAUUAACCAAAGGAAGAUAUUCUGCUAUUACUCGACCAAAAUCGCUCAAACUUACAUAUGACGAACGUAUGAAAAUGAAAGCUGAUUUAAAAGAAACUCGUGGUCGUGAAAAAGAAAUGUGGAAUGCUGUCAAUGAAAAACGAGAUAAACUCAAACAACGACAAAAAGAAAAUAAAGAACGUCGCGAAGCUAAUGAACGUAAAGGUGAAGUUGUUCAAGUGAUCAAAAACCCCGCUAAAUUAAAACGAAUGAAAAAGAAAGCAUUACGUUCUAUACAAAAACGCGAUCUUGAUAAAAUAAAAAAUAAAAAAGAGACAUAA